AGAGAGCGACAGAGCAGGAGGAGAGUGGACUGAGAGAGCAGCACAUUGUUCACACUCCGCUCAAGAUACUUAUCUGUCUCUACAUCAGGGAAUAGGACAACACAUCAAGCGAACACUUUAGAGAUACCUUUUCUGAUUACUGCAGAGAAAUGGCAGCCUUUAACUGCUCUUUUGAUGUAAUGGCUGAAAAAGGCGGAUGGCUUUGUCCUCUGGGGGAAAAGUGUGUCAAUCUGACCUCUGAUGCAAACGGCAGCCAUAUUGAACUGGAUGAUGCCUGUCUGUCGGACGAAAGCUACCUGGAGAAGUAUUUAGGGCCUCGUCGAUCAUCUGUGUUCCUCCCUGUCUGCCUCACGUACCUGUUCAUUUUCCUGGUAGGUGUCAUGGGGAAUGUGCUGACAUGCACUGUCAUCGCACGCAACAAAGUCAUGUGGACGCCAACAAAUUACUACCUGUUCAGCCUGGCAGUGUCCGACCUGCUGGUGCUGCUGCUCGGUAUGCCAUUAGAGCUGUAUGAGCUGUGGCAGAACUACCCCUCCCUCCUGGGGAAGGGUGGCUGCUACUUUAAAACGUUCCUAUUUGAGACUGUUUGCCUGGCAUCUAUCCUGAACGUAACAGCGCUGAGCGUAGAGCGUUACAUCGCUGUGGUGCACCCACUACGGGCAAAAUAUGUUGUAACACGCACCCAUGCUAAGAGGGUCAUCCUUACGGUUUGGGGGGUGUCUGUGUUGUGUGCUUUACCAAACACAAGUCUACAUGGGAUCGACAUCCUUCAUACUCAAUUCACCGGUCCUGCUGGGAACAUAACAAGAGAGUUCCCCGACUCAGCCAUGUGUACUCUAGUGAAACCGCCCUGGAUGUACAACCUGACCAUCCAGGUGACCACCUUCCUAUUUUUCUUCCUGCCCAUGCUCACUAUCAGCGUUCUCUACACGCUCAUUGGGCUGCAGCUUAAGCGGGAGAAGAUGUGUCACACACUGGAGGCGAAGACAGUCUUUGGACAGGACAGCUUCUGUAACAUUCGGACACAGCAGCAGAAGGCCCGUCGCCGGCAGGUCACUAAAAUGUUGUUUGUUUUAGUGGUGGUUUUCGGGAUCUGCUGGGCCCCGUUUCACACUGACCGUCUCAUGUGGAGUUUCAUCAAUAACUGGACUGACAACCACCUGCACAUCUUUCAGUACGUACACAUCAUCUCCGGAGUGUUUUUCUACCUCAGUUCGGCCGUCAACCCGAUCCUGUACAACCUCAUGUCCACACGUUUUAGAGAAAUGUUCAAAGAGGUCAUGUGUCAUCGGCCCCACGACAUAAUUCCCAGAAAACACUCACUCAGUGUCACCCGUGUGACGCUCCGCAGCACCCUGAGUGACGCUCCGCUGAACAGUGGAGCUGCUGUCAUUGAAGCCGAGGCAGAAGAUGGAGAAGUGAGGAUAAAAGGUGAAACUUCUUUUUCGUGUUAAAAACAACUUAAAGGGGGUGUGAAUGGGGAUGAAUUGCUGUGGAUGGCAUGCUAUUGUGUUCUGAUCCACUGCAUCGAUCUGUCAUCCACUUUGAGGUGCAUUAGCUACCAACUACCAAAAACAGAGUCUGAGUGGAAAAACAGAAAAGCCGGAGCUGUCAGGCUGCAGUGUUAGGACCCGAUCAUUUUGCAAAAGGUUAUGCUUUCUGCUCGUUAUUUUGUGUUGUUGUUGUGUUGCAACCACAACAUCACCUUACCUAACCUUUAUUUUAGCUAAACUCACAGAUUAGUACCAGACGCUCAGUGAUGCAGAAACAGAAAGCUUAAAGCCUCACUAGUUGAAAACAAUAUCAGGGGUUGCGAGCUGAUUAAAAGUGCUCUGUCUUAUUGAGGCCUGAAUGAACUAUUCUCCUUUGAAAACUUUAAAAGCAGAUUACUACUAUUUAAAAAAUGCCUGGGCAGGCUUAUAUCAAUACUCAAGCUCUCUGAAAUAAUACAGGAUAGCAUAUAGACAGGAAGGAGAGACUUGUCACAACUGGUAUUUGAGCAAAUUAUCCUUUGAGAGAGAGAGAGAGAGUGAAGAGCACUGGAAAAUAAUUGCUUGUUGACCGGCAUGAAGAAAGGCCGCUCUGAUGUAAACUACUUUGCAGGGCUUAUGAUUUAGCCUGAACCUGAUCCCUUUCCUUCUACACCCUGAACACUCAUGCCUGCAACACACAUGACGGCCAUGCCAACACAUGUGUUGGUAUCGUGCCACAUGUGUGUGUUGCAGCCACUUUAAGCUAUGAAUCAGAAAGAUGGAUACAGCUAUGAAUGUAAAUAUAGAUCCUAUAUGUUAUCAAACUAUUUAGUGCUGCUUUUAAGGAUCUUCUGUUUUAUAUGUUAUUACAAAAAUCCUGGAAUUAGUCAAGUUGAAAAGUAUCAGGUGGAAAAAAUGAAUCCAAAAGUUGUUCCAUGCCAACAAGAAAUGUUCAAAUGUUAUGGACUUGUUUUAAAAAACAGUACAGGAAUGUCAAUACAAUGGUGCAAAACGUAAUUUCUUUAUUAUACUGCUACUGUUAUUGUAAUGUAAUGUGUGAGCCGAAAUGUGCUAAAGUGUAAUAUCAAAGUGUUUGGGCAUUA